CAGCGCCAGGCACACACAGGUAGGGCCAAGUUGCAUGGGGAGCGCGGGUGGCGUUGAAGUCGCCCGGGCUGAGCUCGCCCGAAUAAAACCCGCCUCGACUUUCACGGCACCUCAGUUCCCCGCGCGAACCCGCCGAGUGCACUUCCUCCAGCUCGCCUCCUCAUCUACUCCCGCAACUGAACUUAUAUUCCGUCGCAUCGUAACCAUGGAAACAAGCCUCUAUAAGGAGCUGUCAUACCGAGUGCGGGGCUUCCGUACUGUGUCUAUCGUCGUGGCUAUUGUCACGGUGAUACUUUGCAUUGUCGUCGGCAUCGGCUGCUGGGUCCUGGUAGCCGGUGUGCGGGAGAAUGCAGAGAUCCUGCAGGAGAUGGAUGCCGUGGAGCAGAAGAUGGAGGUCGAGGUGGUAGAAGGCGAGAUCAGGGAGCCUCUUCACUUGAAAACGAAGGAGCCUCUAAAUAAAGUAGGACGAGUGGUUCAGCAUAUCGCGGAGAUUGACUUCGCCGACGGCAGCCCCGUCGACAGCGAUAACCAGGACGUCGUGGCUGUGGCGCACAUGCUGCAGAACGCCCCCGCCCCCACCAAGCCCACCUCGGCGCCAGAGCCAGAGUCCCGCGUCGACCCUGACGUCUACAAGACCAGAUUCUCUCAGAGAUACGAGGUCGUCCCCCAGCAGCACUCCAAUCCCGAGAUCUCCCUCGGACCCAUUACUGAGGUCGAUGGCGUCGUUGGGGUGAGGCUGCAGCCACCGAGAGUCGAAGGCGCAGCCACCAAUUUCAUGAGAAGAGUUGGUGAGGAGAGCGAGUCCAGCGCCCCUAUCAACGGCCGCUACUUGAAGAACGAGCUCUCCGUUGACCAGUCACCUGCUGCUGUGUACGUCGCGCCCCAGCAACAAGCUCGGCCCCGCCCAACGCCCCAGCCGCCCCAGAGCCUGCACGAAGCUGUCUUCGAAACCUUCGUCAACCUGACCAACGAGGUUGUGUCCGACAUCCAGAACCACGGCCUGUUCAGGAGCAUCGCUGGCCGCUCCUCCGAAAAGUACAUGCGCGACACAUUCGAAUGGCUUGGUGACUACACAAGCCAACUGCUGGGCCAGCAGGAGCUGGUGGCGUCUCGCGACAAGCGAAGCAUCCUAGGAGUCUCUCUCCUCGGUCACAGCCUUGCCUACCUAAACUACGCUGUAUUUGGAAACUUCCUCAUGAACAAAAUGAAUGCCAUCGCCGAGAACAACCUCCAGGCACGUAAGCUCUCCGGAGACCCCACCGCCGAAUUCCUCGACGCCACCUUCUGGUCGAAGCCCAGCGGCGACUCCUCACAGGAAGUCCUCACAGCCGCUACCGAUAACUGGGAGCCUCAGGUCAACAAGGUAUCCCUCGCAUUCAUCGGAGAGAUCCUCCACACACUCCUCAACAUGAUGAGGGAGUUCCUGAUGAAGGACCACGUGAUGGAGUGCCUCUGGUUCAUGUUCUGCGAGGACCUCAACCAUCAGGCCCAGUACGGUGACGUAUAUGGGCUCUUGGCUCGUGUUAACAGCGUUGGCUUGAUGGUGUUGACUGAGAAAGAUACCCGCAGCAUCGAUACUGUCAGCGAGGUCUGGCGAGCUGUCACCGCCUGGGAGAACCUCCAGUGUGACGUCAUGUUCCCCAAGUGUGACGGCCCCAAAGCCCUGGAGAUCGUGAACGAGGUGGCCGUCGGCUCCGGUAAAUAAGAAGCCCGACGCGCCUCUCCAAGCUCCUCCCCACCUCCUCCUCCAUACCUCCGUCCUCCUCCUGGUAGCGAGGAGUCCUUACCAGGGGAUGGGCCAAGAAGUAAUAGAUAAUCCUCCGACAGAAAUAGUCUCAGGGGAGGGCCAUUUUACCGUGUUUGUUAAGGUGUGUGCGUGUGUUUGUGUCUGCUGCGCGUGUCCGGCUCCCCAUGUCUCUUGAGAACACCCACCUACGGGAACCACCUGCGGGAAGCAGAUCUCGCCGACGAAACCCGGUGCAUCGAAGGAUCCGCGAGACUGUCAUGGACUUUCGUGGGAAAGCAAUUUUGGCUGAUUUUAUUUUUUUUAAGGCCAGCGAUUAUUGGUACUUACAUACACAGCUUAUCUCCUCGCCUGGCCCAGGUGUUGGUUUAUAAUAGACUAAGCUCGAAGUAUUAUUGCUUCUAUACGGAGUUCAUUUUUUUUCUUUUGGUUAAAUAUGCAUGAGAAAAAAAAGUGUGUACCUGAUGCAGUGAUCGAGAAUGUAAUAAUCACAUGUAAAAUUCUUCACUGGAUGUAAGGAGAAUAAUAAUCUCACAGUCACUUGUAAAAUAAAACAAACAAAAAAAAAGAUUACAGAAAGAAAUGUAAAAAUAGUGACCGGGGAGGGUAAAAUGCACAUGUAAAUAGUAUUCCAGGUGUUCGCAUGACGUAAAAAGCUUUGGCCGUCUUCCAUGCACUAACCGUUCCUGUGGCGGCGACUGUUCAAGGGACCCUGACCCCACAUCACGGCGGCCAGUGUACAAAUGGGCGUGUGUGAGAUUCUCCCAGUGCUCCUUGUUAUACAUUUAUUAUUUAUUCUUGUUACCCCCGUGUGGAUUUAACUUAUUGUUAUUAGUUAUUUAUUCCUGUUGAUAUUUAUUAGUAGUUGUCUCCGAGGCCUGUUCUUCCUCGGUAUUGUGGAACAAUAAAUGAUUUUAUGUA